AUGGCUCCCACUGACACACUCAACUUCCAGUGCGUCGCCAUCACCGGCGGCGCUGGUGGACUAGGGCGGGCACUGGCAGAGUACUUUUUGAAGCUCGGCAAGAAGGUCAUCAUCGCCGGGCGCACCGAGUCAAAGUUGUGAGUAGCGGAAUGGCUGCGUCUGUAACAUCCCUGCAGACGCUCACACACACACAAGAGCCUAGGCAAAAGACUUCCAAGGAGCUGGGCGAUCUGCCCUACUACGUAGUCGACACGUCCAACCUCGACCAAGUCAAGACUUUCGCACAGAAGCUCAUCAAGGAGCACCCAGAGAUCGAUGCUGUGGUGGCCAACGCAGGCGUUCAGCUGCCGCUCGACGUCAACAAUCUAAAGCUGGAAGAUGUGGAUGCGGAACUUCGGACCAAUGCGCAUAGCCCUGUUCACUUGGCCACCCACCUGCUGGAUCACUUCAAGUCCAAGCCUGCUGCGCGCAUCUUUUACGUCUCUAGCGUGCUCGGAUUCGCGCCUUUUAGCAUCCUCAAUCCCGUCUACAAUGGUGCGUUUGGUCGACAUGCCGGCAGAUGGCACUGUUGACUUGCUCACGCGCGCCCAUCCACCCACUGCUUCUCUGCACACACACACACAGGCACCAAAGCUUUUAUCCACUUUUGGGCCAUUGCGCAGCGAGUGCAGUUGAAGGAGACCAACGUGCGCGUAAUGUGAGUGUUGGCGAUUGUGACGGGGGGACAUGGCGAUGCCGUACAAGCGCCUAAUACCUUCUUCUUCUACUUGCAGCGAGCUGGUCCCGCCCUCUGUGGCCACCGAGCUGCACAGAUCUCGCGUGGAUCCAAAAGACUCGCACAAGAAUCCGGAGAGCUUGCGCGUGGAACAGUGGAUCAGCGAUACGGCCAAGGGCCUCGAAUCCAACGCGGACACCGUCUCUGCCGGCCCUGGCAUCGCAUUGACGCAGAAAUGGGACGAGACGUUUGGGCAGAGCGAGACUAUGAAGAAGGCUGCAGCGUCGUGGAAGGGCUUCCCCACCAAAUAG